GGAGGUACACUCUCGCUGCGCUUUUGUGGCACCAAGUUAAUACACCGCCAUCUAUGUGGGUUGCUAGGUCUCAAUCUUGGCUAAAAUUGAAUUCCUCCAAGUAUCGGAUGUCUAUCUUGACGCCGCCGUAUGUCGUGCCACUCAGACACCGUUGCUACUAGUCUGGUGGAUUUCUGGCAGUGGCAUGGUACUACACAACCGCCGGACCCUGGAAUCUCCGUCCUCGUCUCCCUCUCUUUUCGACAUCGGAUCUAUGAUUGCAGCUGGCCUCGCAUUACUCUCAGGGUGCGCUGCACUUACAGCCGUGUUAUCCAAUGCUCGUCAGCCAAGGUGCACUGGGUGUGUUCGAUCAAGAAGGACAAGGAGAAGAUCGGACCGAGUUCCGAUGACGCAAGUUGCUCGGGAGUUGCAGAACUUGCAAUACGGAUCUCAUGACGGCCGUUCUUGGACCAAUUAGACUCUGUUGUUGUUUCCGUGAAAUACCAGUGGAUCUCUCUAGAUUGCCACCUGGCGACUACAUGACCGAUCUAGUGGCGCUCAUCAUUGCUCUGGGCGGGACGGAGAGAUCGACAGGCGCCGGGAUGUUUUGGGGCAGAUCCGCAGGUCGUGGACCCGGGGGCUGAGCACGAAUGUGUACGUGUCUAUAUCAUAGUAUGUAUGCACGGCUAGAAUUUACACACACGCCGCGCGCAUGAGAAGGCAGCCCUGCUUACUUCUGCCAGCCUAGUGAGUGAUGUCUGGCACGUUCGUGCAUUGAGCCAGAAAGUGCGCCCGAUGCGCCGGUGUGUAUGCCACGCCAGGGCGCGUCGACUGCCGCCACCAACAAGCUGAUAAAGUAUCAGAAUUAGACGCCUUAUUCGUGACAAGCAUAUUUUUUGAUAGCCAAACGCGUUGAAAUCGCGCUCAGCCACAACGCGUCCUGUUGUCGCGCUGUGCACGUUCCACAGCUUCCGUGUCAUUGCUCCGGAGAACCAGGACGGCUGGGCGUGGGCCACGUUUCACCCCAUCCGGGUGUCGCUGCGAUAUUGUUCGUUACUGCAUGCGCAUCCCAUCGAUUCGUCGCGCGAGACGGAGCAGGCUUGCCCGAGAUCUCUCGAACCCUCGCGAGAGCAGUUGGAGCAUUCCCAAACCAGUUGGCGAACACGCUGUCCCAUCAUCCACCGUUUGGCGUAAGGCAGUCUUCCAUUGCAGUCUAGUGCCACACACAAGCGCACUUCACAUUCUUCACAGAUUUCACAUGCACAUAAUACAAUUAGGCAGUCCCAAAAAGGUUGCUUUUAUUGCUUGUUUUUGUAAGAUAGGUGCGACUACUAGAGUUGUGGUUGAGAGCGUGG